CCGUCGAGGAGUUUCCUUGUCGUCAUGACGACCUCACACCCGAGCAUCUCCAGAUCUGUCUUCCUGUUGCCACGGUGACCUGAUCGUGUUCCGUCUCCGCUCCUCUUAACGAUCGGGAUCGGGCUGUGAUAGGAGAGCGACCGCGGAGCGCCGUCUUCUCUCUCCUCUGAAAGCCUCCGGUGGACGGGACAGCGAGUCGGACGCGGGGACGAGGACCUGAGGACGGGAAGACGAGGCACACCGGGAAUGCUGUGGAAGUAACGGCCGAGUGUUGCCUGGAAACAGCAGCAUGCCAGUACAGCAGAUAACUGUGGUGCCGGCCAAGGAGACGGCCAGCAACGGCAAGAGCGCUCCUCGCUCCAAAGACAAGACCGAGGGAAGGAAAGCUCCCGGGCGAUCAGGGAGUCGAUCCAGCAACAUCUCCAAGGCCAGCAACUCUACAACAGGAGUCACCACAGCCUCCAAGACGUCCAUCAGCCCGUCUUCUCAGGACAUAUGCAGCUCUGGCCCGCUGACGCCUUUAGAGGAGGAUGCUCCUGAAUCACACAAACCCAACAAGCACGCCUCUGAGGUGGCGGUCACCAGCACGGCUCAGGACUCGUCGGCUCCAGCCACGAAGAAGCAGGUGAAGCGCCGCCAUCGCCACAAGAAGAACAGCUGCUCUCCCGUGGACUGCGUGGAAACCAACGGCAAACAGGAGCAGACGGACCGCAGUGACCGCAGCCACAGCUCGGACCGCAGCGAGCGGGGGGAGAAGAGGGAGCGCUCCUCCAAGAGCCGGAGGGAGCUGCCACCUCGCGUCCGCUGCACAGGGGCCCAGCAGUCCGACUCCUCCACUGAGGACGAGGCCGGCCGUGAAGCCCGAAGCUGGAGCAAGGAGAAAGCCAGGAGAGUGCGCCGCCGCAGCGCGAGCAGCCGCGAGAGGGAUGGAGCCAACAGGGGUAAAGAAGGAGAAGACAAGACAGAGGUCAUGGAGCUGCAGUCUGUGGGCUCAGACGAGGAGAAGGAGAACCAGCCUCUGGUGGAGGACAGCGGAGGCCUCAAGCAGAGGCACAGCAGCCGGGGCUCCAUCAAGAGAGACAGCUCCUCAAGCCGAGACAAGGAGAAGAGUUGCAAGUCCCAAAGCCCAGAGGGCAGCUCGUCCCUGGCAGAGGACGCAGAGGAGCUCAUCACCAAGAGAUACCAAGAGAAGGGGUCGGGCGGGGGGGACAUGUCAGUGCCCACGCCGCAGAACCACUGCGAUGAGAAUGGAGGCGUGUCACAACUCUACUCUGUCGACUCUGACACGGAGGUCUGCAGGAUCUGCCACUGCGAGGGGGAUGAUGAGUUCCCUCUGAUCAUGCCCUGCCGCUGCACAGGGAGCCUGAGCUUCGUCCACCGGGCUUGUCUCAACCAGUGGAUCAAAUCCUCCGACACUCGCUGCUGUGAGCUCUGCAAGUUUGACUUCAUCAUGGAGACGUCGCUCAAGCCGCUACGCAAGUGGGAGAAGCUACAGAUGACGACGGGCGAGCGGAGAAAGAUCUACUGCUCGGUGCUGUUUCACCUGAUAGCGAUAACGUGCAUGUUGUGGUCAGUGUACAUACUGGUCAAGAGAACCGCUGAGGAGAUCCGACUCGGGAAGGACGACGAAUUAUGGAGAGUUUCUCUUCUGAAGUACUAUUCACCACAGGGUGUGCUGGAGUGGCCCUUCUGGACCAAGCUGAUCGUUGUAGCCAUCGGCUUCACUGGCGGCCUCAUCUUCAUGUACAUUCAGUGCAAGGUCUACCUGCAGCUGUGGCGCCGCCUCAAGGCCUUCAACCGCAUCAUCACCGUGCAGAACUGCCCCGAGAAGGACCAGCACCACCCGCAGGGCCACACCGGCACCUUCUUCAACGGGGAGCACGAAACCGUGGAGGUGCCGGUCAGCCCGGCCCCCGUCCCGACUUUGCCUUCACAGGUGGACUCUGACAUGUCGGUGGAGGCGGCUGUGGCACCGGCACACAACCCCGUCUGACCUCAUCUCCUCUGUGGCACACGAGAGUCCUGAAUCAGCCACGCUCUUCUAACUUCACCAGCGGCAGUGACCAUGGUGUGAUUUAGACUCUUACAGUGUGUGGUCGUUCUCAGCUCCAGUGAUCACUGAUCUUAAAACGCAGCUGACAGAUUUUUAAUUUAAAGAGCCUCUCCUGUUCCUCAGUGAGCACAGACUGAAACACUAAAGACAAGGGGAGAUGUAAAAAGGGAAAUAAAGCCAUCAGCAAGGACCGUGUGCAAAGACCCUAUGUGGUGUCCCGACACCUUUUUAUUCCUCUACGCCCUUUUAAAAAAACUGCACAGACUCGUGAUGAAGGUGGAGGCGUUUCCCCAGAGGUCACAUGUUGUGUGAUCCGUCCAGAACACUCAGAAGCUCCCGUCGGAGAGGGGGCGAUGCAGGGAAAGGUCCAAAUGCAAAAAGCUUUUUCCACACUUAGUGUUCAGCUCAUUUAUAUGUAAGAUAAGUUGUAGAAAUCCUGCCUCCAUGUUCACAUCUGGAUUUAUCUUUGUGUGUAGGGGCAGAUGUAGACAGUGGACAAACAGGCUGUACAGUAACUGACACCCCUGUUACAUGUGAACAGAAAGUAAAGUCGUGAUGUUGAUAUUUUCUGAUGUAGCCACCUCCUCUUAAUUGUCUUUCACAGGAGUGAAGAAGAGAAACAAGAGUUUGAGAUGUUGAAGGCUUCACACAGACACACAUUCUUUGAAUAAAAAACAAAGGUUUUUGUUUGAAGCACUGACGGCUUCUCUCCCUUUGGACAAUCAGGUCUUCAGGCACCAAAGUCAUAUUAUAAAUAGAGGAAACUAUU